AUGGAGGCUGUUGGGGGAGCAGCAGCGAGGCGAACGAUGCGUAGCCUGGUGCCUGUUCCCCCCCCGGCAAACGACGAGGCUGGGCCGGUGGCUCUGGAGUUGCCUCCUAAGCCGAUUCCUCUGCCUCUGAGUGGCCAGCUGAACCCCUCUGCAUUCAUAACAAAUUUAUGGCUGAGCGUUCGUCUGUGUUCCCGCGGCUUCUCCCGCUCGGAUUUGCUGCUGAUCGCGCGUAGCCUCCCCAAGUCCGAGAUAGGUGUGGGCCAAUCGCAGCCGGUUGUAUUCAGAUUGCAGAAGCCUGCAUGCACAGCUCUGCUGGCCCCCACUGGCACCCUUUCUAUUAUGGGGGGUAUCACGAAGGAACAAGCGAUAUGGCAGGCGUAUAGAGUGGCAUAUAAACUCAAAUACAGAAGGGAAGACGAAGGCCAGCAGGCAACGGUGGAGUAUCUGUGCCACCCGGAUAUCGAGUUCAAGCCAGAGGCAGCAUCUGUAUUACAGCUAGUUUGCCGCGUUGACUUGGGCGGAUCAUUUCGCCCUGAUCUGCCUGCGGUUCUGCAACACCCGCAGAUGCGAACUGUUGCGAUCGACACGCGCGACGGCGUGGCCGUUAGAAUACCCCAAAUUCAAGAAGAAAGCGCAGCCGCCGGAACCCCUCUCAGUGACGCGGCCGAUGAAUUUGGAGGAGAUAUGUUUGCUGUCGACGCAGAAGACAGCAGGGAACUCCGAGGCUUCUGUGCAGGAGGAGAUAUGUUUGCUGUCGACGCAGAAGACAGCAGGGAACUCCGAGGCAGGCGAGCCGCGAAAGCCAAGGGGCCGACUUGUUUAAUAUUUAAAACUGGAAAAAUUCUCGUAUUGGGCUGUAGAAGCCCAGAAGAGAUAAAUGCAGCAAUCGAUUUCGUUUGGCCUGCUCUUGUAGGCCUCUAA